UUGAAGAGCGCAGUCCUGGGCUGUCCGCACCAUGGCCUGGGCUCCUCUCCUGCUCACACUUCUGGCUCACAUCACAGGGGCUGAAUCACAGGCUGUGGUGACUCAGGAAUCUCCACUGUCCACAUCUCCUGGAGGGACGGUCACGCUCACCUGUGGCUCCAGUACUGGAGCCGUCACGACCAGUAACUACGCUAGCUGGGUCCAACAGAAACCCUACCAAACACCCUGGGGGUUAAUAUAUCACACCAGCAACCGGCAUUCUGGUGUCCCUGCCCGCUUCUCAGGCUCCUUGCUUGGAGACAAGGCUGCCCUCACCAUCACAGGGGCCCAACCUGAAGACGAGGCCACCUAUUACUGUGCCCUGUGGUACAGCAACCAUUUCCACAUGUGUCUAAGAACCAUCGUUUCCUCCUCAGGCUUAGAGGAAUCAGGCCUCUGUGGCUGUGGGAAUGGUGGCUGCACAGAACCUGCUGCACAAUCAAGAUUACAGCAGAUGUGCCCCUGUGAGCGUCCCAGUCUCACUGAUGCUGGAGCUGCUCAUUGGUCUGAGACCACAGACAAAGAUGCUGUGGCAAUGUUCAUAUUUGCAUACAAGAGCACUCACCCACAGAUCCAGGUGAUUGAGGAGGGAAAAGACAGUGGACAGUCCAACAGCAGCUCUGGGUCCUGGGGAACCUUUGGAAAGUCCACACCAUAUCCUGGACACCUCCUCACCUUCUACAGGUUCAUGGAGAUUUCAGAGACUUGA